AUGGGAGAGCGAUGCGUGGCGGUGGCUCUGCUGUGUUCCUGGAGUGUCGCUAUUCUGGCCCGGGCGGAGAGGCAGUUUGUCAACGAAUGGGCGGCGGAGAUCCCAGGAGGGCCGGAGGCGGCGAAGGCCAUCGCCCACGAACUGAAUUAUGACUUUAUGGGGCAGAUUGGAUCACUUGAAAACCAUUACUUAUUUAGACACAAGAGCCAUUCUAAAAGAUCUCGAAGAAGUGCUGCUCACAUCACUAAAAGACUCGCAGAUGAUCAUCGUGUAUCUUGGGUGGAACAACAGUAUGAAAAGAAGCGGAGUAAACGUUCAGUAUUGAGAGAUUCAGCUGAAAAUCGUUUUAAUGACCCAAUGUGGAAUAAACAAUGGUAUCUGCAAGACACAAGAAUGUCUCCAUCUUUGCCAAAACUGGAUCUUCAUGUCAUUCCUGUGUGGCAAAAGGGGCUCACAGGCAAAGGGGUUGUCAUCACUGUUCUCGAUGAUGGUUUGGAGUGGAAUCACACAGACAUUUAUAACAAUUAUGAUCCUGAGGCAAGUUAUGAUUUCAAUGACAAUGAUCAUGAUCCAUUUCCCAGAUAUGAUCCAACAAAUGAAAACAAACAUGGAACACGAUGUGCAGGAGAGAUUGCCAUGCAAGCCAACAACUUAAAAUGUGGAGUUGGAGUUGCAUACAAUUCCAGAGUCGGGGGCAUAAGGAUGCUGGAUGGAAUAGUCACCGAUGCCAUCGAAGCCAGUUCCAUCGGCUUCAAUCCAGAACAUGUGGAUAUCUAUAGUGCGAGCUGGGGCCCAAAUGAUGAUGGGAAAACUGUCGAGGGACCUGGCCGCCUGGCACAGAAGGCAUUUGAAUACGGAAUCAAAAAGGGCCGGAAAGGAAAAGGCUCCAUUUUUGUCUGGGCUUCUGGCAACGGUGGCCGCCAAGGAGAUAACUGUGACUGUGAUGGCUACACAGAUAGUAUUUACACUGUCUCCAUCAGCAGUGCUUCUCAGCAAGGCCUUUCUCCCUGGUAUGCAGAGAAGUGCUCUUCAUCGCUGGCCACAGCAUACAGCAGUGGGGAUUAUACUGACCAGAAAAUUAUAAGUGCUGAUCUUCGCAAUGACUGCACCCAGACUCACACUGGGACCUCCGCUUCGGCUCCUUUAGCAGCAGGGAUUUUUGCUCUAGCCCUUGAAGCCAAUCCUAAUCUAACCUGGAGGGAUAUGCAGCAUUUGGUAGUCUGGACGUCUGAAUUUGAUCCAUUGGCCAACAAUCCCGGAUGGAAGAAAAAUGGAGCUGGGCUGAUGGUGAACAGCAGAUUUGGGUUUGGGUUACUGAAUGCAAAAGCCCUGGUAGAUUUGGCAGAUCCUAUAACCUGGAAAGGAGUGGGGGAAAAGAAGGAGUGCAUUGUUAAGGACAACAGCUUUGAGCCAAGGUUGUUAAGAGCGGGCGGCGAAGUGACCAUUGAAAUUCCCACAACAGCUUGUGAAGGUCAAGAAAAUGCCAUUAAAUCACUGGAACAUGUACAAUUGGAAGCAACGAUUGAAUAUUCCCGGAGGGGUGAUCUUCAUGUGACCCUGACUUCUCCAUCAGGGACCAGUACUGUUUUAUUGGCUGAGCGGCAAAGAGAUAAAUCACCCAACGGCUUUAAAGACUGGGAUUUCAUGUCAGUUCACACUUGGGGGGAGAACCCAACAGGCACAUGGACAUUAAAAAUUAUAGAUGUGUCUAGAAGAACGCAAAAUGAGGGAAGAAUUGUGAACUGGAAAUUGAUCUUGCAUGGAACUUCAUCCCAGCCAGACCACAUGAAGCAACCUCGUGUCUAUACAUCAUAUAAUACAGUUCAAAAUGACAGGAGAGGGGUUGAAAAGAUGAUGGACUUUGUAGAGGACCACACCACACUGGAGAACUUGAGCGAAAAAAACAAGGCAACAGAAAGUACCAUCCGCAGCAUUGAUAAAGGGCAGGAGCUGGCCCCAUCAGACGCAAUGCUCCGCCUACUGCAAAGUGCAUUUAGUGGUCAGAUGGGCGGGAAUAAAGUACCAAAGAAGACUCCAGAUGAAAAUCUAAAUAUUCCGUAUGAACAUUUCUAUAAGGCUUUUGAGAAACUAAAUCAACCUCCCCAGCUGAAGGACUCAGAGGAGUCUCUAUAUAGUGACUAUGUUGAUCUUUUUUACAAUUCUAAACCAUACAAGCAUAGAGAUGACAGAUUAGUCCAAGCCUUGGUUGAUAUUCUGAAUGAUGAAAACUAAAGGUGUAGGCUAUAGGGCACUAGGUUGGAAAUAUUCAUAUUCCCUUCCCAUUUCCAUAAUACUUCUCAUUCCAGAACAACUUCCACUUAUUCUGUCAAUUUGGAUUAUCACUUUUUUGUUGCUUUCUACUUACCAGCUACCUAAAAGGUGGGGAGAA